CUCUGACAAAGAUCAACAAGAGAUGAAGGCACGUUAAUUGUUAUAGCCCUCAAUGCACAACCCACAGAACUUACUGAGUAUCUAUCUAAGGGUCAAGCAAAUAAUAAAAGAUCAGUGGAUUCAUUAACUCCACAGAAGACAUAAUUCACAUAUUUCUGAGCCUUGGCAACCCCUGCUGUUAAGGUUGUGUUUAGUCCAACUCUUAUUCAUCCUUAAUUACCAGCCAAACACACAAUUUGAUUACCAGCCAAACACUGGCCGGGACAGGAAAAACAUAAAAACUAUACAGGGGGAACUUGGAGGGGAAAAUAGAUCAAUCGCUCGAGAACUCCUGCUAUCUUCCAGAUUUUGAUCUUGUCUUGAAUCUGAUUGGAAAUCGAGAGCGCAGUUGCACAUCUCCCAGUGGAGAGAGAAUCAAUGUUUUGGAUUGAGAAAUAUCAGGGCAAAGUAGGAAACAGAUCAAAGGCCAGGUAAAAAAUGCUUCAAACUUGUAUUGGUUCACCAAACCAAGCAUGUCACUUAACUCAAACAACAGGGCAAACAUGGGUACAUUUUCAAGGGGACUCGUUGGCAAGGUCGUCGUCAAGCUAAUCCAGAGCAGAUGGAACAUGCAUGCUACAUCAACAAGGGUUAGUAUAAUCUCUAACGCAAGUUGAACAGUAUAAAACCUCCAAGUCACGUCUUCCAAAAUAUUCAUGAGUCAUAUUCACGCUCGUUUUAGCGGCUCGUUUUAGCAUCGGUCUAUUGACUAUGCAUAUCCCGUCAAAUUUAAAAGCUUAUGUCACAAUUAUCAUUAUGGAAGCUGAUGCCUAAACAGUUUUUUUCUCAGUAUCAUUACGUUUUGCCUUGUCGCCAUGCUGAUGAGGAGCUGCGCAGCUAGCAUUUUCUAGGACAGGCUCAACCGUUCAACCUCCGAGUUCCACUGUCGUCAGAUAAAACCGCUAGCGCUAUAUAUCUGAGGGGGCUACAGACCAUGUCUUUCACCGGAGAGUUGAGCCUUGAGGUGCGAUUUCCUGUAGACAACGAGCAAAUGGUGCCUCCAGUUCCUACCACUGAGCCAAGCAAGAGUGAUGGCCUGCGCAAGUACCUCCUGGUGAUGGCUAUCCUCGCGGCAACGGUGACCUACGUCGCCGGGCUCAACCCGCCUGGAGGAUUUUGGCUGAGCAGCAAGGACGGCUACCUCACCGGCAACCAGAUCCUCGUGGUGACGGACCACCCCCGGUACAACGCCUUCUUCUACAGCAACGCGGCCGCAUUCAUGGCGUCGGUCGUGGUAAUCCUCCUCCUCCUCCUCGUGGAGCGGAGGGAGAAUGCCGAAAAAGACGCCUCGCCCCGCUUUAUAGAUAAAGCAACAACCACGAGGUGGAGGAAGAAUCCCAAGCCGCUCAUCCUCCUCGCGCUGAGGGUGGUCAUGGCGCUGGACAUGCUCGCGCUCAUGGUGGCAUACGCCGCAGGGGCCAGCCGUGGAAUGGUCACAACUGUCUUCUCCUCCGUGCUGGUAUCUGUUGUGUCCAUCUAUGCUGUGUUUCAUAUGAUCAAGUAUAUCAGCUCAGAAAAACUGGAGGAAAAUUCUGAAGCCGGUGGCGAGGAUAAAAAACAUGAGCGGGCACGUCAGAUUAUGAUGUUGUUCGCAAUUUUUGCCGCAACAACCACCUACACGGCGGGGAUGAGCCCACCAGGUGGCUACUGGCCGGACACCCAGGACAGCCACCGUGCCGGUGAUCCAGUCCUGCUAGACGACCACUCAAGCCGGUUUGUGGCCUUCUUUGUCUGCAACACUUUUGCAUUCGUCGCAUCCCUGGCUGCCAUCAUGCUACUUACAACCGUCGCCAGCAAGCUCAAGAAGGGCUCUUUCAAGAGGUGGUGCCACCAUGCGCCAUACGUGUGCGUCAACGUGGCGUUGCUUGGCCUUUUCGUGGCCUACGCCAUUGGGAGCUGCAGGAAGACUCGCUCUACCGUCUACUUAUUCAGUCUGGUUCUCCCAGUUCUCAUAUACACCAUCGUCCAGUUCAUGAUCCAGAAAUUCCUCUGGGAGGGAAUAGAAAGUCUUGUAAGAUCCUGCCCGAUUAUCAGCAAUGCUUUAAGAUCAUGCUGGGGGAAUGAUGAUGGCCGUGCGACAGAAAACCGGCUGAAGAAGGCUCAUUCUCUCGUACUGCUACUUGCAACUCUUGCCACGACCAUCACCUACCAAGCGGGGAUGAACCCACCAGGUGGGUUCUGGCCUGACGAGCGCGACGGGCACAAGGGAGGUGACCCGGUGCUUGUAACCACACAUGCUAGACGCUACAGGGUGUUCUUCUACUGCAACUCGGUCGCCCUCGUGACUUCCAUAGUUGUCAUCGUCAUGGUCCUGAGCAAGCAUGUGACAUCAAGCGUCGUCCACAAGCGACAUGCCCUGGAGGCUGUCAUGAUACUAGACCUGCUCAGCCUCAUGGCUGCGUAUGCAGUCGGCUGUUGCCGGGAUGUGACCACCUCCCUCCACGUCAUCGCUCUGGCUGGUGCAGUCUUGGUCUACGUGGUGAUCCACAUCGUCUUCUUCACGCUAGAUCCUAAGGUCAGGCCGGAGGAGGAGAUGAACAAGAAACGCAAGCUGUUGCUGCUGCUAGCCAUCUUGGCCGCAACCAUCACUUACCAAGCUGGGUUGACCCCACCUGGCGGCUUUUGGGGUGAGGACGACGAGUUUGGUCAUAGAGCAGGUUAUCCUGUCCUCUUGAGUAACUACCCUCGCCGUUACACGACGUUCUUCUACUGCAACGCCACGAGCUUUAUGGCAUCCAUAGCCAUGAUCAUCCUCCUUGUGAAUCCGAACCUCUACACACCCGGCAUAAAUUGCUAUGCACUCUAUGUGUGUGCUCUGGCGGGCUUAUUUGGCCUCGUGGGUGCCUACGUCGCAGGAAGCUCCCGGCAUGUGCGCACAUCCAUCAUUGUGGUUGCGUUGGUUGCUGUGGUCUUCUUGUUCGUGAUCUUAGUGCUUAUAGCGUUGAACACGGCAGACAAGCACCAAAGCACGGAGUCUCAGAAUGAAGAUACCGAGCCUGAGAUCCAGGAAGACGAAGAGCAUCCAGAAAAAGAAGAAUACACCACGGGAAAGUAUUUGAUGCUGGUGGGCAUCUUGGUGGCGAGUGUCACCUAUCAGGCUGGCCUUACUCCACCAGGCGGAGUGUGGCCAGACAGCAGCAAUGGGCACGUGGCCGGCGACUCAGUCCUGCACGACAGCAACAAGCACCGGUACCGUUUGUUUUUCUACAGCAACUCCAUUGCCUUCCUAGAGUCGACUGUCGUCAUCCUCCUUCUGCUGCUGGGCAAGUCACUGUUUGACAGACCAGAGGAGAAACUACUAGGCAUGAAGAGUAAGGAGCUGCUCCGGGUGGCCCAGUCUUCGAUUGUGCUGGCCCUGCUUGGCCUCCUUUGGGCGUAUGCCUCCGGCUGCAGCCGGGAGUGGGAGACAUCUGGUUACAUCGGUGCACUCGUCAUCGCCGCACUGCUCUACAUUGCCAUCCAUGUGGUACUAUCGUGCCGUGACAAGAAAGGUGAAUCUCCUGCCAUGCAAUGCAAUUGCAAAUGCACAUGUAAAGCCGGUGGAGGAGCGCUGGAGGGAACUAAAGUUGGGGCUAACACUGUUUAGGGAUCUUCUGCUCACAUGCGUAUCUCCUUUGUAUGUACCUAUAUGUUGAGUUGUUAAUUGUUACUUCACACAAGGUUCUAUGUAACAUUUUGGAUUUGAUCUUCUUGUUCAGAUCCAAAAUUCAGAAUUUCUAUCCUUGGGAAAAAGAGGACAAAAGAACACUCUAAACUAACAACACGAAAGACACAU